UCAACUUCAAUUGGAGUAGGGACGUCCCAUGGUUUCCGGUUAGCACGGACCCCAUCAGUUUAUUGAGCAAUAUCUACCUCAACCUCAACGCUCGUGGUCUGACUGUGCAGUGACUGAGGAAUAGUUCCAACUUCCUCGAACUUGUUGGUUUAGUUUCGUUUCCUUCGUAUAACGCAGCUGCUGAUCGACACAUUUCUCCAUUUUGCUGUGGUCGUUUGUCUGGCUAGCCUACAUCUCCGGGAUAAAGAGUCUGGGUCAGACACAUUUUAGGCUAUUAUAUUGGUUUGAAAGUCGAAUAAUAGAAUCAGUCAAAAUGAAGAAGGUAAUUCUGUUCGUGUUUAUACUCAGCGCUAUUGUCUCAGCGCUGGCAUCUGCUCAAGAGGAUACCAAAAGAUCCAAACCAUCUGCAACUGUCUUCCCCGCCUCUGAGUUUGGCCUCACGUCCGACACUACCACAACCUCUACUACAACUACGACUGCAUUACCCACCACAGAAUCACAGAAUGAUACCACCACAGCUGCUCCUACUACAACUCUUACACCCACUACGACUGCAUCCAAUACCACCACAGCUGCCCCCACAACAGCCAAUACCACCACAGCUGCCCCCACAACAGCCAAUGCCACCACAGCUGCCCCCACAACAGCCAAUGCCACCACAGCUGCCCCCACAACAGCCAAUGCCACCACAGCUGCCCCCACAACAGCCAAUGCCACAACAACCAAUGCCACCACAGCUGCCCCCACAACAGCCAAUGCCACAACAGCCAAUGCCACCACACAUGCUCCCACCACUACUGCCACUCCACAACCGCAGCCCACCCCUCCUGCUAACCUGACCGUGGGAAACUACACUCUCAAGUCGGAGAAGGGUCUGUGUCUGAUGGCCCAGCUGGCCCUGCAGAUCAGAGUGGAAGACACUGGAAAGACAGGGGUAUUCAUCGUUCAACCAGUGCAGACAUAUGCUGAAGGGGGCUGUGAGAAAUCCACGGCCAACUUAACCCUCACGUUCACGGAGGGCUUCAUCACCUUCAUGUUUAAUAAGAACACCACCCAAAACGCUGUCUAUGUUGACACGGUGUCUUUCUCUCUUUCCUACCCGUUAACAUCUGGAGACAACGGCAAAAAGUCUCUACCCUACGUCGCCAAAAAUGGGUCACUGGAUCUCUUCCACGCUAAGGUUGGCCACUCCUACUCCUGCAAGAGCGAAUCAGUUUUCAUGGGAAAAGGUCUCUAUCUGGACAUCACCCAGGACAGGAUACAGGCCUUCAACAUCACCAAGGAGUGGGACUUCGGCACAUCUGACCCCUGCCCCGCCGACAGACCUGCUGACUACCGCGUGGCCAUUGCUGUGGGGAUUGUCCUCCUUAUCCUCAUCAUCAUCGUGGUGGUGGCCUAUCUCCUGAGCAGGCGAAAAAGAUCAGAUGGCUACCAGUCCCUCUGAAGAGCCACUCAGGGGUCAAAGGGCGCACUGUAUCAGCUCACAGUCUCAAUACACCCACCAUCGUGUUUUUGUCACUUGCUGUUAACUGUUAACACUGCUGUAACCCCAACUGUUCACACAAACUAACUAACUGUACCGCUCACACACAAACUAACUAACUGUACCGCUCAUACACAAACUAACUAACUGUACCGCUCAUACACAAACUAUCUAACUGUACCGCUCACACACAAACUUUCUAUAUGGAUGAGAUGAGGGAAUAUUUCAGCGUUGUAGACCGGCAGUUUCAUUUAAGUUGAUUUGUACAUUCAUUAAUUGAGGUGGAUCAUAUGUAUUGGAUCAGAUACUAGGAUUAAAAUAUACUGACUUUGAAUAUA